AUGAUAGCAAAAGGUUGCCCUAAAUGUGAACAACAGGUUCCAGUUGCUUGCAAGGCUUGUCCUUGUGGUUAUUCGUUUUUCAAUGCCAAAAGAGGCGCCACAAAAGUACUAAGUCCAACAGUAGAAAGUAGAAGACGAACUCAGAGAGUUCGCAGAGAGAAGCCCAAUUAUUACGAUGCUCUGGAAUUUGAUAAACAAGUCAGAAAGUCAAAGACGCGGCACAGUGAAUGUGAAAUAGAUGAGGAUUUAAAAAAGGAUGGUAAAGCAAAACGGAGAAAGAUUAAAAAGGAAGAAGAGGAGGAUGAUGAAGUUAUUACUAGUCUUUCGGCUGAAAAACAGUAUCAAUGCUCACUUAUUUUGGACGAACUAAACAGGAAAUUGCAAGUGGUAACAUGGAAACCAACUUAA